AUGAAGAGACGAAAACUGUCUUCGAGCUCAGCUCUCCGGUCUUCCCUCCCAAGCGCCACACGCGCGCUCUUGAAUCUCUGCUUUCUCCUGCUCGUCCUCCUUCUGCCUACCAGUUCCACUUCUCAGAGAGCUUUGCCUCCUCUCCCCUCUGGAGAACUGAGUGAGCCUCAGCUUUCCAUUGCUUCGUCCUCUCCCGUGGCUUCCCCCUCUUCUCUUCCCUCUUCUCCUUCUUCUUCUCCGGCUGCUGCCUCCUCUGCUUCUCCGGCUUCUUCUGCCUCUGUCUCCUCCUUCCUCGUUCGGUCCGGACCAACGCAGCGGGAGGCCGGCGAGGAAGCAGACAGAAGGGAGGAAGAUGGCGCGAGGGGCGGAUCGCCUUCGCGCGCUCUCCCUGAGGGUCCGCUUCUUGUCUCUGGCUCCUCGCACACUCUCUUGGCUGCGACAGAGCAGAUUGUGCCAUCGAUGAAGCGGUCGUCACGGCUGCUGCGGCAGGCGCAACCAGAGGCAGAAGAACAUGAGAAAGGAGAAAACGAGAAGGGAGAACACGAGAAACGAACUGCUUCUCCAGACGGCAUCUUUCUUACUUCCUUCGGCGCAGACAUUUCCCCUUCACACUUGCAAAUUCACACUGUGUUCAGUCGCGAAGGAGAUCGCGAAGCUGGAGAGCAGGCGCUGUGA